UCACACGCCGCCGUUGCUGGGUAGAUAUAACAAAAAAACUACAGUGUUCGCGUCAGAGUUGAAGCUUGGACACAACAGACGGUGUCAUUCGGAAACCCCCCUUUUUCACUCUCUUUCGCUGCAAAGUUUAUUUUCUGGUGUGAAACAUGGCAACUGACUGCGAGGCCUGGCUGAACGCAAACCCCGUCGGGGCUGAAGACCUUAGUGAUUCCUUUCUUUCUGGAGAUGAAGACAAUGGAGGAAUCUCCAACAAGAACAUCAACAAUGAGAUCAAUGGCAACUGGCUGUUGACUUCGAGCAACAGCAUUCACGAAGCACGUCUUAAGGCCAAGGCCAAGCGGAGGCUGAGGAAGAACUCCUCCAGGGACUCUGGCAGGGGCGACUCCCUCAGUGAUAACGGGGACAGUGUCAGGGGGACCAUCACGGCACCCACCAGCCCUAAGAGUAAGCUACUGGACAGAAAGUCCAGGCUGGGCAAGGGCAGAGGACUACCAAAGAAAGGUGGGGCUGGAGGCAAAGGUGUGUGGGGCAGAUCGGGUGAAGUUUAUGGGCCUGACAAGGUGGAUGAGAAAGACCCCAACUAUGAUGAAGCUCAGGAAAACUGUGUGUAUGAGACUGUGGUCCCUCCGCUGGAUGAGAGGGACUUUGAGAAGACAGUCACCCCUAUAGUACAAGAAUACUUUGAACACGGAGACACAAAUGAAGUAGCUGAGCUGCUUGCUGAACUGAACCUGGGGCCCAUGCAGAGUGAGGUGCCCUCGUUGGCUGUGUCGCUGGCCCUAGAGGCCAAAGCCAGCCACCGGGAGCUCACCUCCAGGCUACUGGCGGACCUGUGUGGGCCGGUACUGACCCACAAUGACAUGGAAAGCUCCUUUGACAAAGUGCUACGAGAGCUCCCCGAUCUGGUCCUAGACACGCCUGGAGCUCCUCAGUUGGUGGGCCAAUUCAUUGCACGGGCCGUCAGCGACCAAAUAUUGUCCAAGAGCUACAUCGAUGGCUACAAAGGCAGAGUUGACUGUGAAUACACAAGAGCGGCAUUAGACAGAGCAGCGGUGCUGCUGAAGAUGAGUAUGGGUGGUCUUCGCAUAGACAACCAGUGGGGGACAGGCGGAGGACAGAGACCUGUCAUGCAACUCAUCAAAGAGAUGAACCUCCUGCUGAAGGAGUAUAUCCUGUCUGGAGACAGUAAGGAGGCUGAGAGAUGUCUGAGAGAUCUGGAGGUUCCCCAUUUCCACCACGAGUUUGUUUAUGAGGCGAUUGUUAUGGUGUUGGAAUCUAAAGGAGAAAAGACUUUCAAAAUGGUUCUGCAGCUACUGAAGUCUCUCUCCGAAUCCUCCAUCAUCACUAUCGACCAAAUAAGAAGGGGCUAUGAAAGGAUUUACAUGGACAUUGCUGAAAUAAACAUUGAUGUUCCACGUGCAUAUUUCAUCCUGGAGCAGUUUGUUGAUAAGAGUUUCAGUGCAGGGGUCAUUAAUGUCAAAUUAAGAGAUCUUUGUCCCUGUCGGGGCCGGAAGAGAUUUAUCAGUGAGGGAGACGGUGGUGUUGUUAAACUUGAAAGCUACUGAACAGUCCUUUUUUAUGUGCCAGAUUUCCUGAAAUGAAGAGGAUAAAGCUACUUUUUUACUUGCAUAUUUUUCAAAGUAGUUGGGUACAAGUUCCCCCUUCUAACAGUCGAAAGAAUGUACAUUUCUGAAAAUGAGGUGGGGUAAGAGAAAAAAACUGCACUUUGGAUUGAAACUAAGUAGAUCACUUUCUUCAAGGUGUUUCAAUGUAAACAUUUACAUAAGCUAACCCUUAAAGUGCCACACCUCUCAGCGUCAGUCAUUCCAUGUUGUUUUGUACAGUAUUUUCUUGACUCCACUGCCACUUCCUGUUGUUUUCUAGAAAGCAGUGUUUGUACAGAAUGACAGGUUUGUGUCAAGAGCUUUAUAAAAGGGUAUUUAAAAAAAAAAAAGAAUAAAACCAAGGUGAGCAUGUUGGAUAAAUACCAGCUCCCAAACUUGCUGCUGUUUCUAUGCUGUGCUUGACUUUUCUUCUUUGUUACCCUUUAAAUUACACAAAGAUGUCAUUAAAGGUGGUCGCAUACUAGUGCAACAAGAAAUACCAGUUAUGUAACUUCACACUAUGGUGUUAAGAAUGUUUAUUUUUAUAUCCGGGGAAUACUGGUGUGGAAAGUGUACCGUGUAUUGCUCCUCGUUUGUUCAUUAAAAAAUAAAUCUAAAAUAAAACAAGUGUUUUUCAAAGUGUCACAAUAA